CCCUACUCAUCUCUGGUCGAUCUACGUCAGGCGUCCGCCUGACGUCCUUGGCUCCGUUCACUCGGUUGGUGAUCGUGCGGGUCGUAAAAUUGUAAUCGUAAAUUACAGAUCCCGUAGACGACACGUAACUGUGACGAGUUCUUCAGAUCGUGCUCUCCGAGUCUCCUCCAUUUUUGGUCCACAGCUCUGAUCAGAGAUCUUAAACGAUCAGUCAUGCUCACGUCGGCAGUCAGGGGUAUCGCCCGUCGUUCAUUCUCCACGUCAAAAUGUUCUGCUGUACAGCAGAUGACUGUCAGAGAUGCUUUAAACUCGGCAUUAGAUGAGGAAAUGGAGAAGGAUGAACGUGUCUUCCUGUUGGGUGAAGAAGUUGCACUGUACGAUGGUGCAUACAAAGUCUCAAGAGGAUUGUGGAAAAAAUAUGGAGAGAAGAGAGUAAUCGACACCCCAAUCACAGAAGCAGGCUUCUGUGGUAUUGCGGUUGGAGCUGCCAUGGCUGGGCUUCGACCGGUUUGCGAGUUUAUGACCUUCAACUUCUCUAUGCAAGCAAUUGAUCAAAUCAUCAACUCCGCCGCGAAGACCUUCUACAUGUCUGCUGGAAAAGUGAACGUACCAAUCGUAUUUCGUGGACCCAACGGGGCCGCUGCUGGCGUCGGUGCGCAACACUCACAGUGCUUUGGAGCAUGGUACAGCCACUGUCCUGGACUGAAAGUCAUCUCGCCGUACAAUAGCGAGGAUGCCAAAGGUCUUCUGAAGGCUGCGAUACGUGAUCCGGAUCCAGUUGUCGUCCUCGAGAAUGAAUUAUUGUAUGGCGUCCAGUAUCCCAUGUCCGACGAAGCUCUAUCAAAAGACUUCGUUCUUCCAAUAGGCAAGGCUAAGAUUGAACGCGUUGGCAAGCACAUUACUCUAGUAGCACAUUCCAAGGCAGUUGAGCUCGCCCUCGAAGCUGCUAAUGAACUUGCUGGAAAAGGUAUCGAGGCUGAGGUUAUAAACCUUCGUUCAUUGAGGCCUCUGGACAUCAACACUGUGGUACAGUCUGUAGCAAAGACCCAUCAUGUAGUCACGGUCGAACAAGGUUGGCCACAGUGCGGUAUAGGCGCUGAGAUCAGCGCCCGGAUCUCUGAGAGCGAAGCUUUCUUUCAUCUGGAUUCUCCAGUGAUCAGAGUCACUGGCGUAGACGGACCUAUGCCUUACACAAAAUCGCUGGAAGCUGUUGCACUGCCACAGACGCCCGACGUCAUUCUUGCCGUCAAUAAAGUCUUAGGCGUAUCCCAAUAGACACUGCCGUAGUGAAUUAGACGCAUUCAUCGUUCCUUGAUCCCUUUCUCCCACAGAUCAUUAAUCCCUAGGUCCCUAACAAUCAUCUGAUCACGACGUCCUCUACCCAGGGGGCAAGUACAAACUUGCUAAUAACUAUAAACCGACUAGCAUCGAUUCGAGAAGUAAAUGAAGAAUAAUAAUUUAUUAAUGUUAUUGAGGAAUUCCCUUGUAUAACGCUGAAUUAUGAGGUUUGUCGACUCCAUCGAUCAUUCAUGCUCAGUCAGUAAUGAUUAUCAGAUUGCAAGGUGAUCUCGAUUGAUCGAAGUGUCUUGUGUAAAGUCUUAAAAACUAUUAAAGCAAUCGGGAGUGGUGCAUUGCACUAUAGCAAAACUAGUACGUUUUACCGUAGGGUUUGUGUUUUGAGUUAUUGAAUUUAAUUACAAGGAAUUCAUAACUUAGGGCUUCAGUCAAAUAAUCUUGAUCGGUUUGAGAUACAAGUACAAUCAACCGAGCCUACCAGGCUGUUUCGUAUUUAUAGCAAUGUUGCUAAAUAAAUCGAAUAUCAAGAUGUUACAAAUGUCCAAUGAGAGUAAUACGUAUUGUAUAAAUGUACAUGAUGAUACGACAAUGACAGACAACAUAUGUGAGUUUAUGUUCAGUAAGAGAUGAGCAUACAACUGUGCUGCAUUCGUCUAUUAAUUAUUUAUUAUAUGAAAUGAAUAAAUUGUAAUAUACGA